AUGCGCGGGGUGUACGCGCCGGCGGUGACGUCGAAUAAGACGUGGCCGGACUCGCUUCGAAAGGACCUCACCGGUCAGAUGCACAAGUACAUGGCGAACUUGACCGAGCGCGCGCACGAGCUGAAGGGGAAGACGACGCUGUACAUCCCCGCGGAGGAGCUCCCGUCGCCGGCGGCGGCGGCGAGGGAGAAAGGCGCGUUCUAUCUCACACUGGUCCCCAUACGACCGCAUUUGCUUCAGCGGCUGGAGUCCGUCGUCAUUCACUGGACGCGGCAGGUGAAGGAGGUGGUGCACACGCGCGAGGAUCUCAGCGGCGCGGGCGGCGACGCCGGGCCGAUGUCCGAGAUCGAGUUCUGGCGCGCGCGGUCGAUCGACCUCGGCGGCAUUCGCGCGCAGGUGGCGGCGCCGGCGGUGGAAAAGAUUGUGGAGAUCCUCGCCGUCGCGAAGAGCGUGUACCUGGCGCCGUUCAGAGACCUCUCGGACGUGAUCAACGCGGAGGCGGUCGCCGCGGAGGACAACGUCAAGUUUUUGAGCACGCUGGAGGGGCCGAUCAGGGCGCUCGAGUCCGCGUCCGCGUCCGAGCUCGCGGGGGUGUUACCCGGCAUACUCCACCGCGUGCGUUUGAUUUGGAACACCGCGACGCACUACAACGUCCCGGAGCGCCUCGUCGGUUUACUGCGCAAAGUCACGAACGCGAUCAUCAACCGGUGCGAGGACUUGCUCGAGGUGUGCGAGGCGCAAGUGCAGUUCGCGCCGAAGAAGGCGCUGCCCGUGUUUGGCGGCACGAAGGGUCCGGAGGUGUCGAAAUCUUUCGCGGACAUUCAAGACGCGUUCGCGGUCAAAGUACACGGCCUGCGGACGUUGGAUUACAAGAUCCUGGACGUGAAAGCGACGCGAUGGCACGACGACUACAACGCGUUUAAGUCGUCCGUGAAGGAUCUCGAGGUGAUGACGCAGAACGUCAUGGUCACCGCGAUCGACGCCGUGAGCGACUUGAACGGUCUCGUGGAGUUGUUGAGGGCACUGCAGACGAUGGCGAAACGCGACGGCGUCACGCGAUGCGUCGAGCGCAAGUGCGUGGAGUGCUACGAAGCCUUCACGAAAGAGUUGAACACCGUGAAGAAACACUUCGACAUGAACCGCGAGAAGCCGCCGAUCGCGGAGGGGCAGCCGAAAUACAGCGGCGCCGCGAUGUGGGCGAAGGUGCAGCACAACCGCCUCAAGGGGCCGUACGAAAAGCUCGAAGAGGCGGCGAUGACGCUGCCGCAGACGCCGGAGCUGGAGCAGCUGCGCGCGUCGUACGCGCUCGCGCUGCCGCAGAUCCAGAAGUACAUGGCGGACGUCCACGGCGAGUGGGUGACGCACUUCGAGGGCAAGGUGGAGGCGCAGAUCAAGCAGCGGCUGGAGAACCGGCUGCUGUCGUCGGACGAGGACGGAUUCUUGUAUCAAAACUUCGACAAGGAGCUGCUGCACUUGUUCACCGAGGUCAGGUUCUUCGAGCGGCUGCACUUCCAGAUCCCGCACCGCGCGUUGGAGAUUUGCUCGCACAAGGAGAAGUACCGACUCCUGCGCGAGGAGGUUCUGAACGUCGUGAGGGACUACAACAAGAUUCUCGAGGCGCUGGACGACGAAGAGCGGCGACUGUUUUACGACCGCAUCACGCACCUGGACAAACACAUCUCCCCCGGGCUGUCCAAGGUGCACUGGACGUCGCCCUCGAAGCUUCAGGAGUACUUCAUCGGCGAAGCGCGGAAGCACUGCAAGAACGCGUACGAGAGCGUCGUGCAGUACAAAGAGGCGAUCGGGAAGGUGACGGCGAAUUGCGCGGAGAUCGCGUCCACGAUUCUCGUCUCCGUCGUUCGAAAGAAGGUGUACGCCGAGGGCGAGUUCGAGGAGGCGCAAAAGACGCACAGGGAGAAGGUCACGAAGAAGUUCACCACCGCGCACGAGGAGAUGCGCAAGGAGCUGUCGCGCACGUUCAAGCGCACGUUCGCGCACGACAGCGAGAACGUCCAACGAGAGUGGGCCGAGCUGCGGCGGAAGAUCGACAAAAGACUCGAAGACGCGUUGCGAACCUCCGUGAAGCGGUCGUUACAAGAGCUCUCCAAGGCGCUCAACGGCGACAAGAAGCUCGACGUCGUCCCUCUCUUCAGCGUCAUCACGAUGCUCAAGAACAACCGCAGGGUGGAGCUCACGCCGAACGUGUCCGACCUCUUCGCGCUCAUUCACGGCGCGUCGAGGGAGCUCAUCGCGAUCGUCAAGGUGGUGGACCGACUCGGCCCAGAGAGCGACGACGACGGCGAGCCGCUGCCUUCCUUCUUCGACGUCAUCUCCAACGACGAGGAUGCGACGCUGAAACAGAUCGUCUCCAUCGACAACGGGAUCAACCUCAUCGUGGAGAAGACGCAGAGCUUCAUCGCGUACUACGAGAAGACGUACAAGCACCUGUGGGAGCAGGACAUGGUGGCGCACGUCAAGCGAUACGCCAAGGCGAAGAAGCCGUUGUCGUCGUUCGAGGCGGACAUCACCAAGUACAAGGAGCUGUUCGUCGAGGUCGAGGGCGAGGACCAGAUCACGAACAUGGCGUUCCUGAGGAUCGACGUCGGGCCUCUGAAGCAGACGCUCCUGAAGCGGUGCGAGGAGUGGAGGGACGGCUUCACGCGGCUGCUGAACGAGACGGCCAUCGCGGAGCUGGACGCCGUAUACGAGUACUGCGCGCGGAACGAAAAGAUCCUGUCGCAGCCCGCGCGCGACUUGGAUCACCUCGCGGAGCUCGUGAACCUUCACAAGAAGUGCGUCGCGGAGGAGGAGGAGACCGCGGCGCGGUUCGCGCCGCUGCGCGCGCAGUACGCCCUCCUCGCGCGCUUCGAGGUUGUCGUCCGAGACGCCGAGCUCGCGCGUCUGGACGGGUUGGAAAAAGUCUUCGACGCGCACGUCGCGACGCUCAAGCGCAUGGACGAGACGCUCGUCGAGGCGAAGGAGUCGUUCCGGGAGAAGCUCAUCAAGACCGUGGACGCGUUCACGCACGACGUCGACGAGCACCGAAGGGCGUUCACCGCGGACGCGCCGAUCGACGUCGCGGACGCGGUCGGACGCGCGCCGCUCGCGAGGGCCAAGGCGUUUAUCGAGAGCAACGCCGCCGCCGCCGCGGCGUUCCGACAGACGGAGCAGGACCUCAAGGCUGGUAUGGAGAUAUUCGGGAUGCCCGCGCCGCCGCUCAGCGGGCUCGUGGAGUGCGAGAAGGAGACGGCGCAGCUCUCGGGGGUGUGGAACGUCAUCGAGGAGUGGAUCACCGCGUACGACGGCUGGAAGGAUGGCAAGUUUAAGGACAUCGACGUCGAGGAAUUAGAAAACGCGUCGCAGAUUGUCGGGAAGAAGAUUCAGAAGCUCGGAAGAGAGGUGAAGCACUGGAGCGCGUGGCAGGGCGUCAAAGACACCGUGGACGCGUUCAAGCGCACGCUGCCGCUGAUCAUCGACCUGCGGAACCCCGCGAUUCGGCAGCGGCACUGGGAGCAGCUCAUGGAACGGUGCGGGGAGAGGUUCGAUCCGCACGGGGACGCGUUCACGCUCGGAAAGGUCAACGACCUCGGGCUCAGCGAGCACGCGGACUUCGUCGGGGAGCUCUCGACGAACGCGACGAAAGAACUCGCGAUCGAGAACUCGCUCGCGGCGAUCGAGGAGGGGUGGCAGGACCUGAACAUGGACAUGGUCAAACGCGAGGGCGGGCAAAAAGGCGGCAAAGUGGUUUACCGGCUUCGCAGCACGGACGACGUGUUCGCGGCGCUGGAGGACAACGUCGUCACGCUGUCGACGAUGAAAGCGUCCAAGUUCUUCCUCGUGUUCGAGGCGACCAUCACGAGCUGGGAGCAGAAGCUCUCGCUCGUGAGCGAGAUGAUGGAUCUCGUGCAAAAGGUGCAGAUGAGCUGGACCUACCUCGAGAACAUCUUCGUCGGGUCGGAGGACAUUCGGAAGCAGCUCCCGCAGGAGAGCAAAAUGUUCGACGCCGUGAACGUCGCGUUCAUCAAGAACAUGGCGGAGAUGACAGAGAUCGAGAACGUCGUCAAGGCGUGCACGGGGUCGGACCCGAAGGCGGGGACGCCGGUCUCGAACGCGCGGCUGGACAAGUUCACGGACAUGGAAGCCAAGCUCGAGAAGAUUCAAAAGUCGCUGGAGGACUACCUCGAGAAGAAGCGCCAGCAGUUCCCGCGCUUCUACUUCAUCUCUUCGGACGAUCUUCUCGAGAUUCUCGGUCAAGCGAAAGACCCGAUGAACGUGCAGCCGCACUUCAAAGGCAUGUUCGAGGGGAUCAAAAAGCUCGAGAUGCACGCGCCCGGGGAGGACGGCAGACGCGCGUACGGCGCCACCGCGAUGCACUCCCCCGACGGCGAGACGAUUCCGUUCAACGACGAGGUCACCACGGACGGCAGACCGGAGGAGUGGCUCAACUCGGUCGAGACCGCGAUGUACGCGGCGACGAAAAAGUCCCUGUACGCGACGCUGGAGCACAGCAAAGGGAUGAAGAAAGAAAAGUGGGUGAAGGAAUACCCCGGGCAGUGCAUCAUCAGCGCCGGCUGCGUCGUCUGGACGACGGAGUGCGAAAAGGCGCUGUCGGAUCCGGACGCGGCGAAGAAGGCGAUUCGAACGCUGAAGAAGAAGUGGGUGUCGUACCUCUCGAAGCUCGUCACGAUGACGCGGUCGAAGCUCGAUAAGGUGAACCGCAAGAAGGUGGUGGCGUUGAUCACGAUCGAGGUGCACGCGCGAGAUUCGAUCGACAAGCUCGGGAAGGCGGGGUGCACGCAGGUCACCGAUUUCGAGUGGGUCUCGCAGCUUCGGUUUUACUGGGACCAAACCGCGAACGACUGCGUCGUGAAGCAGGUGCUGUCCGUGUUCUCGUACGGGUACGAGUACCAAGGCAACAACGGACGUCUCGUCGUGACGCCGCUGACGGACAGAUGUUACAUGACCUUGGGCGCCGCCAUGUUCACGCGUCGAGGCGGGAAUCCGCUCGGACCCGCGGGCACGGGUAAGACGGAAACCGUGAAGGAUUUCGGCAAAGCGCUCGCGCGGUACGUCAUCGUCUUCAACUGCUCCGACGGCGUCGAUUAUAAGAUGACCGCGAAGAUGUUCAGCGGGUUGGCGCAGACGGGCGCGUGGGCGUGCCUCGACGAGUUUAACCGCAUCUCCGUGGAGGUGCUCUCCGUCGUCGCGACGCAAAUUUCCGUCAUCAUGGCCGCGGUGAAAGUCCGCGCGAAGACGUUCUUCUUCGAGGGCCAGGACAUCCGUCUCAUCCCGUCCUGCGGCGUGUUCGUGACGAUGAACCCCGGGUACGCCGGUCGCGCGGAGCUGCCGGAUAACCUCAAGGCGAUCGUCCGACCGGUGUCGAUGAUGGUCCCCGACUUUAACCUCAUCGCGGAGAUCAUGAUGUUCGCGGAGGGCUUCUCCUCCGCGAAAGUCCUCGCGAAGAAGAUGGUCGCGAUCAUGGAGCUGUCGCAGCAGCAGCUGUCGAAGCAGGACCACUACGAUUACACGCUCCGUUCGUUCGUGAUUCCAAUCUCGCGCGCCGCGGGCGCGUUCAAGCGCAUCGACCCGGAGGGCUCCGAGGAGGCGAUUUUAUACCGCACGAUGCAAGACCUGAUCAUGCCCAAGCUCGUGUACUUGGACAUCCCGCUGUUCAGGGCGUUGCUCGGGGACUUGUUCCCGGGCGUGGACCUCCCGCAGGAGGAGGACAGCGACCUGAAGAAGAUGCUCGUGCGAAAAUGCGACGAGCUCGGUUUACAAGUCGUGGACGAGUGGAUCGUGAAGAUCAUUCAGAUUUUCGACUGCAAAGUCGCGCGGCACGGAAACAUGAUCGUCGGGAAAACCGGCGCCGGAAAAACCGCGGCGUGGACGGUGUUAAAAGAAGCCAUGGCCGAGCUGUGCAAGGAAGGCAAGGGCGAGGGCGAGUUCCAAAAGGUCGAGGUGUACACGAUCAACCCGCUCGCGCUGUCGAACGACGAGAUCUACGGAUGCUUCGACCCCUCGACGCACGAGUGGCAGGACGGCAUCCUCGCGCGCGUGAUGCGAAACAUUUGCAAAGACGAGUCGCAGACGCAAAAGUGGACGCUGUUCGACGGCCCCGUGGACACGCUGUGGAUCGAGUCCAUGAACACGCUUCUGGACGACAACAAGCUGUUGACGUUGCUCUCCGGCGAGCGCAUCAUGAUGUCCCCGCAAGUCUCGAUUCUGUUCGAGGUUGAAGAUCUCUCCCAAGCGUCCCCCGCGACGGUGUCGCGCGCGGGGAUGAUUUACCUCAACGUCGAGGACCUCGGGUGGUGGCCGUACGUCACGUCGUGGAUGAAAAAGUACGAAUCAGAUGAAGUCUUAUCCACCACGCUCAAGACCAUGAUGGAGCGAUGCAUGGAAGACGCCCUGGAGCUCCGUCGGCUGCAGCUCAGGGAGCUCGUGCAGACGGACAAGCUGGCGGCGGUGCGGCAGUUCACCGCGCUGUUCGACGCGCACUGCGACCCCGAGCACGGCCUCGACCCGGACGACGAGUCGUACGUCAACACGAUCGAGCUCACGUUCUUCUACUGCCUCAUAUGGUCCGUCGGCGCGUCCGUGGACGGGGAGUCUAGGAAGAUUUUCGACUCGUUCCUGCGCGACGUCGACUCGCGGUUCCCGCCGCCGGAGACGGUGUACGAAUACUUCGUGUGUCCGAAAAACCGAGAGUGGACGCCGUUCGCGAGCAAACUCGCGCAGUACCGCCCGCCGCCCGGGAUGCCCUUCUUCAAGAUCAUGGUCCCGACGAUCGACACGCUUCGCACGAAGACGGUCGCGCUCGCGCUCGCGGGCGUGCAGCGGCACGUGUUGAUCAUCGGCAACGUCGGCGUCGGGAAGACGAUGGUGGCGCAGUCGUGCCUCGAGGCGCUCCCGGAGGGCAAGUCGUCGAUGAUGGUCAACUUCAGCGCGCAGACGUCGUCCAACUCGCUGCAGAACACGAUCGAGGGCAAGCUCGAGAAGCGCUCCAAAGGGGUGUUCGCGCCCGCGGGCGGGAAGAAGAUGCUCGUGUACAUCGACGAUUUCAACAUGCCGCAAAAGUCGCAGUUUGGGUUCAUGCCGCCGCUCGAACUGUUGAAGCUCUGGGCGGACAACGGCUUCUGGUACGACCGCGAGAAGUGCGAGGUCAAGAACAUCAAGGACAUCCAGCUCAUGGCGUCGAUGGCGCCGCCCGGAGGCGGCCGCAACGCCUUCUCGCAGCGGAUCAUGUCCGUGUUUGCGACGCUCAACAUGACGAACCCCUCGGACGCGCAGCUGCACCGCAUUUACUCCACGCUCUUGAACGACAAACUGUCCACGUUUGACGACCAGCUGAAACCGUUGGGGGAUCCCAUCACGAAGGCGACGAUCGAGCUGUACGCGUCCAUCGCGGAGGAGUUGCUGCCCACGCCCGCGAAGUCGCACUACUUGUUCAACACGCGCGACCUCGCGAAGGUGAUCCAGGGCGUCAUGCAAGCGACGCGGCAGUACUACGACAGCAAAGAGAACCUGCUGCAGCUGUGGUGCCACGAGUGCUUCCGCAUCUUCGGCGAUCGCAUGUGGGACCACGACGACAAGGCGUGGUUGCGCAACCAGCUCGACCAGAAGCUCUCGGGCAACCUGAACUCCUCGUGGGAGUCCCUGUUCGAGCCCUUCUACGGCGAGUGCCCGCCGUUCGUGUCGUUCAUGCGCAUGGACGUGGACGAACCGCCGUACGAAGCCGUGACGGAGAUGAAAAAACUCAAAGACGUCCUCACGGAGAAGCUCGAGGACUACGCCCUGGAGCCCGGGUACAGCGCCAUGGACUUGGUGCUGUUCAAAGACGCGCUGAUGCACGUGUGCCGCGUGCACCGGGUGCUGAUGCAACCGAGAGGAAACGCGCUGCUCGUCGGCGUGGGCGGCAGCGGGAGAAAAUCCCUCGCUCGGCUCGCGACGUACGUCGCCGGGUUGAAGUGCUUCUCGAUCGAGAUCACGAAGAGCUAUCGCAUCGUCGAGUUCCGCGAGGAUCUGAAGACGCUGUUCCGUCAGGCUGGCGUCGCGGACAAGCCCACGGUGUUCUUAUUCGACGAGACGCAGAUCGUCGUGGAGACGUUCUUGGAGGACAUCAACAACGUGUUGACGUCCGGGGAGGUGCCCAACCUCUUCACCAAGGACGAGCUCGGCGGUUUGUGCGAAGAAGUGCGACCGGCGGCGAAAAAAGCCGGCGCGCCCGCGGACUUACAGGACGAACUCUACGCCUUCUUCUUAUCGCGCGUGAUCAACAACCUCCACAUCGUCCUCUGCAUGUCCCCGAUCGGCGAGGGCUUCCGCGAGCGGUGCAGAAUGUUCCCCGGGCUCGUGAACUGCUGCACGAUCGAUUGGUUCACCGAGUGGCCCGCGGACGCGCUGCAGGAGGUGGCGUCGAAGCAGAUGUCCGCGGAGCAAGGGAUGGAAGAAGAGGUGAAGGACGCGCUCUGCACCGUGUUCGCGACGUGUCACCGCUCGACCGCGGAGAAGUCCAAGGAGAUGCUCGAGAAGUUGAAGCGUAAGAACUACGUCACGCCCACGAAUUACCUCGAGUUUGUCAACGGCUACCGCAAGCUGUUGAACGAGAAGCGGUCGAAGAUUGGCGGCAAGGCGACGAAGCUCCGCGGCGGCCUCGAGAAGCUCGAAGAGACCGGCGUGCAAGUCACCGAGAUGUCCAAAAUCGCGGAGGAGAAGCAAGUCGUCGUCGCCAAGGCGAAGAUCGACUGCGAGGAGCUCCUCGUGACCAUCGUCCAAGACAAACGCGUCGCGGACGAGCAAGAGAAGCACGUCACCGCCGAGGCGCAAAAAAUUGAAAAAGAAGCCGAGGAAGCGAACGCGAUCGCCGCGGAGUGCCAGGCUGGUCUCGACAAGGCCAUGCCCGCGCUCGCGGCCGCCGAGGCGGCGCUGAACGUCCUCACGAAGAAGGACAUGGCGGAGCUCAAGGCGUACGCGAAACCGCCGGCGCUCGUCGAGUUGUGCCUCAAGGGCGUGAUGACGGUGUUGAAGAAGUCCCCGGCGUGGGACACCGCGAAGAAAGAGCUCGGGGACUCGCAGUUCCUCACGCGCCUGGUCGAGUUCGACAAGGAGCUCCUCGUGGACUCGCUUCUGAACAAGAUGAAGAAGUACGUCAACGACCCGGAGUACCAGCCCGACGUCAUCGGAAAAGUGUCCGGCGCCGCGAAGGGUUUGUGCCAGUGGGUGCACGCGAUGUUCAUCUACGGAAACGUCGCCAAGGAGGUUGCGCCGAAGCGCGCCAAGCUGAAGGCGGCGCAAGAGGCGCUCGAGAAGAAGCAGGCCGCGCUGACCGAAGCGCGAGCGCAGCUCAAAGAAGUCCUCGACAAGGUACAGGCGCUGAAGGACACGUACGAGGCGUCCACGGCGAAGAAGCAAGCCCUGGAGGACGAGCUCGCGGAUUUGGAGCAAAAGCUUGAGCGCGCCGAGAAGCUCGUCUCCGGACUCGCCGGAGAAAAAGACAGGUGGGAAAAUUCGAUCGUCCUGUACGAAGAACAGAUCGGGUGCCUCCCCGGGGACGUUGUCAUCGCCGCGGCGUUCAUGUCGUACGCCGGCCCGUUCCCGAGCGAGUACCGAGACGAUCUCGUCGCGAAGACGUGGCUGCCGCAGGUGAAGCAGCUCGGCAUUCCGUCCUCCGCGGCGUUCGACUUCGCGCUGUUUUUAGCGGACCCCUCCGACGUUCGAGACUGGAACAUUCAGGGCCUCCCCGCGGACUCGUUCAGCACGGAGAACGGCGUCGUCGUGACGCGAGGCUCGCGAUGGCCGCUGCUCAUCGACCCGCAAGGACAAGGGAACAAGUGGAUCAAAAACAUGGAGAAGCCGCACGGAUUGAAGGUGAUCACGUUGAACAUGUCGGACAUGGUGCGUCAGAUGGAGAACGCGAUCCAAUUCGGCGACCCGGUGCUGAUCCAAGACGUCGGCGAGGAGAUCGACCCGAUCUUAGAGCCCGUGCUCUCCAAGUCGUUCAUCAAGAAAGGCAACCAGGUCAUGAUCAAGCUCGGGGAUAAGGAGGUGGACUACUCCCCGGACUUUCGGUUGUACCUCACGUCCAAGCUGUUCAACCCGCACUACACCCCGGAGGUGAGCACGAAGGUGACCAUCGUGAACUUCGCGGUGAAGGAGCAAGGCUUAGAGGCGCAGCUCCUGAACGUCGUCGUGCAAAAGGAACGACCGGACCUGGACAAGCAGAAGAACGAGCUCGUCGUCAAGGUUGCGAACGGGAAGCGAACGAUCAUCGAGCUCGAGGACACCUUACUCGACUUGCUCUCGAACGCGACGGGGUCGCUGCUCGACAACAUCGAGCUCAUCAACACCCUAAACGCCUCGAAGACAACCUCGGACGAAGUCACCGAGUCGCUCAAGAUCGCGGAGACGACGUCCGUGCAGAUCGAGGAGGCGUCAUCGCUGUACCGCCCGUGCUCCGUGCGCGCGGCGAUCCUGUACUUUGUCCUGUACGACCUCGCCAACGUGGACCCGAUGUACCAGUUCUCGCUCGACGCGUACAUGGAUUUAUUUUUGCUCUCCAUCGCCAAGGCGCCCAAGUCGCAGGAGCUCGAGAAGAGGAUCGAGUACCUGAACGACUACCACACGUACGCGGUGUACAAGUACACUUCGAGGGGGUUGUUCGAGGCGCACAAGCUGCUGUUGUCGCUGCAGAUGUGCGUGCGCAUACUGCAGUCGUCGAAUCAGGUGAACCUGGAGGAGUGGCAGUUUUUCCUCAAGGGCGGGAUGGUGCUGGAUCGCUCGUUGCAGUCGCCGAACCCCGCGCCGGAUUGGAUUUCCGAGCUCGCGUGGGAUAACAUCGUCGAACUGGAUAACGUCGAGCACUUCCGCGGGAUCAUCACGUCGUUCGAGAAGGAGUUCGUGGAGUGGGAGGACUGGUACAGAAACGCGGAGCCGGAGUCGCCGCAAAAGAGUCAACUCCCGGGCGAGUGGGAGCAAAAGUGCAACGAGCUGCAGCGAAUGAUUUUCAUUCGCUGCCUACGCAUGGACCGCGUCGAAAAGGCGGCGACAAACUACGUCGCCAACUCGCUCGGGCGCAAGUACGUCGAGCCGCCGGUGCUCGACCUCAACGAAACCUACGGCGACUCCACGCCGAGCGCGCCGCUGAUCUUCGUCUUAUCCCCCGGCGUCGACCCGACGGCCAACUUGAAGCAGCUCGCGCAGGCCAAGGGGCUCGGCGAAAAGUUUUUCAGCGUCGCGCUCGGUCAGGGCCAAGCCCCGGUGGCGACGAAGCUCAUCUCGACGGCGACGAUCGAAGGGAACUGGGUGUUCCUCGCGAACUGCCACCUCAUGCUGUCGUGGCUCCCGGACUUGCAGAAGAUCAUCGAGGCGUUCGACGAGAAGCAGCCGCACGAGAACUUCCGGCUGUGGCUGUCUUCCAACCCGACGCCGCACUUCCCGCUCGCGAUUCUCCAACGCGGUCUGAAGAUGACGACGGAGCCGCCGAAGGGUUUACGCGCGAAUCUCGCGCGUCUGUACCAGACGUGCGUCACGGAGGAGACCUUCGACGCGUGCAAGACGAAGCACAAGUACGCGAAGCUCCUCUUCGCGCUGUCGUACUUCCACGCCGUCAUGCUCGAGCGACGAAAGUUUCGAACGCUGGGCAUCAACAUCGCGUACGACUUCAACGACACGGACUUUUCCGUCUCCGACGACGUCUUGAAGGCGUACCUCGACGCGUACGAGAACACGCCGUGGGACGCGCUGAAGUAUCUCAUCUCCGAGGCCAACUACGGCGGCCGCGUCACGGACGAGAUCGAUCGGCGCGUGCUCUCCGGGUACCUGAACCAGUACUUUUGCGAGGACGCGCUCGAGGUGCCAAACUACAGGCUGUCGUCUCUGGACACGUACUUCGUGCCCCCGGAGGGGCCGCUGCAGUCGUACAAGGAUUACAUUCAGACGCUGCCGCAGAACGACCGCGCGGAGGCGUUCGGGCAGCACCCGAACGCGGACAUCUCGUACAUGAUCACCGACUCCACGAUCACGCUCGAGUCGUGCUUGAGUCUUCAGCCGAAGACGGACGGCGGCGGCGGCGGCGGCGUCACCGCGGAGGAGCGCGUCUUGGACAUCAUCGACGACAUGCUCUCGCACGUGCCGCAGCCGUACAACCACGAGAAGCUGAUGAAGGAUAAAGAGGACGACUUAUCCCCGCUUCACGUGACGCUGUUCCAGGAGGUCGAGCGGUAUAACAUUCUCAUCAACAACAUGCUCACGACGUUGCACUUGCUCAAGAAGGGGAUCAAAGGUUUGGUCGUCAUGUCCGCGGAUUUGGAUGAAAUCUUCGACGCGCUCGCGGCGAAUAAAGUCCCCGGGAUUUACCUCAAAGCGUACCCGUCGAUCAAACCGCUCGGAUCGUGGACGCGCGACCUGAUGGCGCGCCUCGAUCAGAUCACGCGAUGGAUCAAGGAAGGCUACCCGAAAGUGUACUGGCUCGCCGGGUUCACGUACCCGUCGUGCUUCCUCACCGCGGUGUUGCAGACGACGGCGCGCAAAAACGCGAUUCCGAUCGACACGCUGAGCUUCGAGUACUCCAUCGUGAACGCGGAGGAGAAAGAGGUGCACCAACCCCCGAAGGAAGGGGUGUACGUCAAAGACAUGUACCUCGAAGGCGCGGGGUGGGACUUCGAGAACGGGAACUUGUGCGAACCCUCGCCCAUGGAGCUCAUCGUGGACAUGCCCAUCGUCCACUUCAAGCCGACGGAUAACAAGAAGAAAAACGCCAAGGGGAUUUACUCGUGUCCGCUGUACAUGUACCCGGUGAGGACCGGGUCGCGCGAGCGGCCGUCGUUCAUGACGUUCGUGGACCUGAAGGGCGGCGCGUGCGAUUCGGAUUUCUGGAUCAAGCGAGGCACCGCGCUUCUCCUCGCGCUCGCGACGUGA